GUUGAAGGGGACGCCGCAUACAUUUAUCUUGUCUCUUUAUAAUGUGUUUGAGUUUAUUACUUAAUCUGCCUUCGUGUGGGCCUUCUUUUCCUUAAUAAUGGUGAGGCCAUCCGGCUAUUCUGUGCUGUACUCCGUGGCCUGUGGAUCUGUGGAGGCUAUGGUUUUGAAAAAAGGAAUAUUCUACAUGUUAUUCGGAGGAUGCAGAGUGUAUUGCAAAGGAGAAAGUAAAGAAGAAGGUCAAUGACAAAGGAAAGAAGCCUGUCAUGAGUGCUCCUCAAGUGCCAGAAGCAAGCAGUACAUCAGAGGUUCAGGUAAUCAAGAAUGGAGCGGCUGGUUCCAAGACAGAGGCGGAUGCAUCCAGCAAGAGGAAGCAAGGCAUGGACCCUCCACUUGUGCCACAGAAAAAAGUAAAGAAACUAAAACAGAAAAAGAGCACAGGGAUGCCUUUUGUUGUGAAGGAUAUGGAGCCAGAUCAGAGUGAUAGAGAUAAGACGUCAGGUGGGGGCGGUGGUGGUGGUGGUGGUGGUGGGGAUCAUGAGGGAAGUGAUGAGUGUGAGAGUGUUGACGAGGGCUUCCCUCCGAGGCUCGCUGAGUCUUAUGACAGUUCCGGGACACUCAAACUGGACAGUGUGUCUGGGGAAUCCAUCGGUGCUGCUGGAGUGCUGGACAGCCGGGAUGAGGGACGCAAGGUGUUCCAGUGGAUGAUCGCUCCACAUUCAGAGGCGUCAUUUUUCAGAGAUUAUUGGGAGAAGAAACCUCUGUACCUGAAGCGAAAUACUCCAGACUAUUACAAAAACCUCUUCUCCACGUCUGUUCUGGACAAAAUCCUUCAUGAAGAGAAGAUUCAUUACACCAAGAAUCUGGAUGUCACCUCAUACAACGAGGGCAAGAGGCAGACACACAACCUGGUGGGUCAGGCACACCCGUCUGUGGUGUGGGACUACUACAACAACGGGUGCAGCUUGCGCCUCCUCAACCCACAAACUUUCCACCGCCCAGUAUGGAAGCUCCUCUACAACCUUCAGGAGCAUUUUAGCUCAUUUUGUGGGGCUAAUGUGUACCUCACUCCACCUGGUACCCAGGGAUUUGCUCCUCACUGGGAUGACAUCGAGGCUUUCCUUCUUCAGCUGGAAGGCAGAAAACACUGGAAGGUCUACAAACCCAGAUCAGAGGAGGAAGAACUUCCAGAGUUUUCAAGUGAAAACCUCAGCCAGGAUGAAAUAGGGGAGCCAGUCCUUGAAAUCACCCUGGAGGCUGGAGACCUCCUCUACUUCCCCCGAGGGUACAUCCACCAGGCUGUCACUGACGAGAAUGUGCACUCCAUCCACAUCACUGUGUCCACCUACCAGAGAAAUUCCUGGGGCCAGUACCUGCAGAAGCUCCUCCCCAGGGCAGUGGACCUAGCCAUGGCAGAGGACUUGGAGUUCCGGAAAGGCUUGCCACUGGACCACCUGAGAGUGAUGGGUGUGGUGAACAGUGACAUGGAGACACCCGGCCGCUCAGCCUUCCUCAGCAAGGUGAAGGAGCUGAUGGAGCGGCUGCUGCUGUAUGCUCCCUUUGAUGCUGCAGCAGACCAGUUUGGUGCAAACCUGAUGCAUGAUGCCCUGCCCCCAUUGCUGGGCCCAGAGGAUAAGAUGUGCAGCGUGCACAGCGGGGGAGAGCGGUGGUGCAGGAAGAAGCAGAAGGUCAUCAAUCGUGUCGAGUUGGAUCCAGACACAUACAUUCGCUUGAUUCGAGGCAAUGUGAUCAGAAUGGUGGCAGAGGAGGAUGGUGUCAAGAUCUACCACUGCCUGGAGAACACCCGAGAGUACCACCAGGAGGAGCCGCAGUUCUUUGAGAUGUCACACGACCAUGCACCAGCUGUGGAAGCGCUCAUCCACACCUACCCCAAGUACAUCACUGUGGAGACUCUGCCAGUGGAGGGCGAUGAUGAAAAGAUGACCGUGGCCCGUGGGUUGUGGGAAAGAGGACUGGUGGUGGCCGCAUCCCUUACAAGAACCGUGAUGAUGACUGAUCCAGGGAGCAAGUCCACAGUCAGUCCUGUCUUUCUGUACCUUCCCUCCCUCUCCUGCUAGCAAGUGACAAUAGAAGUACAGGUUUUCUAAGGUACUAAUUCUCUUCUUCAUGUUCAAUGCCAAUGUGUACAACCUUGCAGUGUUGACAGUUUGUAAGAUUUCACAAAUGGAUACCGUUUUUUUAUUAUUCUUUUUAUAGUCAUGGAAGCCAUGUGCUACUACAGUACAGAUCAUGCAUUUGUUGUUUUGUGAAUUAUUAGGCAGGUUUUUUAUAUUAGCAGCAUUUUUGUACACAGAAGCUCAGUUUGUAUCCAUUGCCACAUUUGUGACGAAUUGUAUUUCCAUUACUAAACUCUAUAUCUUAUUUGGUAAUUAAUAAAAGUGAACUUAAUGUCA